GCCAAGAAGGGGAGGUGUCCUUGGAAGCGCCACGAUGCAAAGAGGAAUUGGGCAUCCGCCUUUCAGAGAGCGAGUGGAGUCAGCUUCUAUGCCUUGCACCCCCCAAGCAGGGCGUAGCCAAGCUGAAGAUCUGCGGCCGAGUGGAUGCUGUUCUGCAGCUUCACCGGACAAGCAAGAUUCUGUCUGCUGCUGAUUCUGCGGCGCGGAUCACCCAAGAGGAAAUCAGUCGGCAACAAGAUGCCGGCAACAAGGCGAAGAGAGGACAGCGCAAAGCCGAGGCAAAACGGCGUGCAGAGACUCGCAGUCGCUGCCAGCUGCCGUCCUUAUCGGAUGCGCUAUGUGGAGUCGCUUGGGACUUUGGGCGAGAGCUGGAGCCCAUCUACCGAGAGGAUGCCUGGGAUGGCAGUGGCCACGCACCAGAGGUAGUCAGGCGAGAAUCCACUGGGAGCAAGGGCAUCCCCGCCGAGAUGUUGGGCUUGAAGCUCAAGAUGAAGGUCGUUGAACUGGAGGCCGGCCAAAGCCUGAAAGUUGCCUUCUGGAGCAUGGGCAACUUUUGCUUGGAUGGCCUGGAGUCGGUUACUUUUACCAGCUACCAACUAGAACGUCCGGGUGCAAAGGGCAAGACGAGGCUCCAGCUGACCGGAAAGGCUUCAGAUUCACCGGGCCUCCACGUUUUGGGACAUCCGGCGAAGGUCUUCCCGCCCUUCGAUGACCUGACUUUGAUUGCCGUGCACCUGCCGGACUCCCGGGAGCUUCAGAUCUGUCCCUGCGCGCUCUUCAACAUUGAGAUCGACCGCCAGGGAAAGGGCUACUCAGACCCGAAUGAUCCCGUAAACCUCAACAGAGAGGUUGAGCCCGUUCCGGAAGAGGACACGGGCCCAAUGACAGCCAAGCAGUACCGGGACAAGCGCAAGCUGGCGAUUGAAAGUUUUGGUACUGCAAAGAAGAUGAGAAGCUUUGGCCAAGUUGCAGAGCGUUUGGACAGGGACCUGGAAGUGGCAAACCUUGAGCAGUACACAGGGAGCAUCAGUGCAAGAGUAGAGGAGCAACUGAAGCUAAAGCAAACUGCCGAAGAGAAGGACGAAGAGACAAAACGGGAGGUGCUGCCACCGUUCAUCCGCUCGGACGACCCCCAGAAGAUCUACGUGGACGGCUUGCAGAGCAUCGUGUCUGAUGAGGCCCUGGAAAACGAAGAAAGCCUGCCAGCGGAAGGUGUAUUGGGCCUUGUGGCCUCAAAAAAAGGCAACGACGUGGUCGGACUCGGGGAAACCAAGGGGAAGGAAAUCUGCGGAUCUGCCCUGGCUUUCGCUGUGCUCAAAGCCCGUCAUACCCAGGGGGCCGGCCCUGCGGAGAACCCGAAGCUGUUCGCCAAGAAAAUCGGGGUGCUCAACUGGCUCGUUACCCUUUGCAACAAGGACUGGAGGAACAAAACAACGGUCUCCACCAAGAACUGUGUUACGUUUUUGGGGCUAGGCCUCGUUGAAGCUUCGGAUGCAGUGAAGCAGCUGUUCAAGUAUUGCUUCGAUCCCAUUGUGGGCGGCCAUGGUAAGCGCACUUUCAACAAGCGAAAGGGACUCUGCGCGGUGCUCAUCUGGGCAUUGCAUCUUACGCCUGGUCUCUGGAUUGAUGUCACCAGCCAGGGUGCUGCCGAGUUGGCGAGCGAAAAAAACGCCCAAGUUGUCGGAAGGUACAUUGGCUGCAAGGUAGAGCCCAAGAAGGAGACAGAUGGAACAUCGAGUCUCCGUGUGAUUCUGAAAGGCCCUCCCAACUUCGAUGAGCGUGCGGCUGCGAAGGGAGACCUCUGUGCUGCCGCGAGGCACUUGGGCUACGUCGGCGUGAAUCACGAAGUUGAUGGCUUAGAGUCAAGCGGCCUGUCAGAAUAUCCUACUCUGGACCUGGAAGAGUUCGUGGUUUUCUUGGAACAGUAUACCAUGCAAGAACAGGCGGAGAUAGAAAGAAUAUUCGUCAACUACGCUAGCAAGUUCUCGCAGAAGGUUCCUCUGCGGGCUGUACCUGCAAUUGUCCACGACCUUGGUCUUACGUCCUUGCAGGCAGCUAUUUCCGAGUCCUUGGACGCGGCUCAAUUGUCCUCUCACAAGGCGCUGUCGGUGAACCAGCUACGGGCAUUCUUGGCGACCCACCUAUCCGCGGAAGGUUACACCAAGGAGGAGCGCGACCGUGCGCGUCAGGCCUUUGACCAGGUGCGUGAAGGAAAAUCCGAUCUCCCGCCACGCAGUGUGGGCGAUGCUAUGGCUCUUUUUCGAGGGGCCGAUGCUCGCCAGGAGUGGGACGACAUAUGGCAGAGGCAGGUGAAGCUUGCGAUGCGAGGAGCGAGUGAGGAAGCAUUGUGGCUUGAACUCAUGCCGUUGGACCUUGGAAUGACCUUAGACUUGUUCGGACAAUCACCGUUGCUCAUGGCGUUUCUGCAAGCAUUGCCUGGCGAGCUUCUCACCAUCCCGGAGGAUGCGAUCUGUCCCAUUUCCCAGCAGGUCAUGGAGGAUCCAGUGGUGUGCGCAGAUGGACACUCCUACGAGAAGGACUUCAUACAGAAGUGGCUUGCGUUGGGGAAGCGCUCCAGCCCAAAGACCAACAUGAGCCUGCCUCAUACGACACUCAUACCCAACGUCAACUUACGCAACAUCAUCCAGUCCAUCAGGGUGCGAAUGCCGGCCAUCCAGUCCGAGCAGAUUAAAAGCAUCAAAGAAAUGCAGGACUUGGAGGCGAUUGUUCGGUCACUGAUGGAGGAUCAGGGAAAACUCGCUGUGACGUGCAUUGAUCCUACUCGCUCACCGGAGUCAUCACCAGCUGCAUACUCUUCCUCACCAAACGCGCCGAAUGCACCGAACAUACCCAAGCUGCCGCCACCAGACCGUGCAAGCAUGGAAGAGCCCAUACCGGUUCUGCUGAGCCUCCUGCGGCACGAGUCCAAAGAAGUUAGUGAACGGGCCCUGGGUUUGAUCGAUGGUUUGGUGGCUGCAGACCCCCGACACAGAGAUGCAGUUUGGCAUCAUGGUGGCAUUCCACUCAUUGUCAGUUUGCUUAGAGGCGGCUCUUCGGAACAGCUACAACAUGCCAGCACACUGCUGCGAACCCUGGCAAGUAGCCAAGCAGAAGCGCAGAUGGCGAUUACCUGGGCUGGGGCCAUCCCUUUACUGGUGGAGCACCUGGACCACGACUUCAGCAAGGUGCGUGUGGAGUCUGCCAAAGCUUUGUGGAGUCUGGCCCAAGGCAACAUGGACAACGAGACAUCCAUUGUGGAGCAUGGGGGCAUCAAGCGUCUCGUGGUACUUUUAUCCGGAGGUGCCGCAGAUGCCCGGGACUCUGUCCUACACCUGCUUCUGAAUGUAGCUUCGCACGACCCCCUGCACCAGGACAACAUCACCCGUGCAGGGGCCAUCCCACCUCUGACGGAGCUGCUAAACGAUGGAAACCUGCGGCAGCUGGCAGCAGCGGUUCUGAAGUCCUUGGCACGAGACCAUGAAGACAACCAAUCUGCAAUCGGUGCUACUAGCGGCACCAUUCAGAAGUUGAUUCAGCUCCUUUCGGACGAGUCAGCAGCUAUGCGUGAAUCGGCGGCCGGUGUGCUCCAUGUCCUCGUUGCAGGCGGCCACGCCAAAAACGUGGCAACUGUGUCUCGAAGUGGCGGCAUCCGGCCAUGCAUGGAGCUCCUCAAGGACGAGAAUGCGGGAGCCCGCGAGGAUGCCGCAGGGGUCCUUGCUGCUUUGGCAAAAAAUGCCGACAAUCGCGUUCACAUGGCGGACCUUGGGGCGAUCCCCUUGCUCAUUGAGCUUGUGCAAGACCACGCCGGAGCGGCUGCAGCUGCCCGCAAGUAUGCUGCCACUGCCCUGGGCGAGCUGGCAGUCCGCAACUCUAAAAACAAGGAGGUCAUUGGCAAGACGGGCGGCAUUGAGGCUCUGGUGGAGCUACUCAAAGAUGGUGACCACCAAGCGCGAGGGAGAGCAGCUUCUGCGCUGUCGGAACUCUGCCAGCUCAGCGACCACAACAAGCUGUCCAUGGUCGGGGCAGGUGCCAUACCGCUACUGGUCGAGCUGCUGCGGGAAGACUCGACGAAGAAGCCAGCGAAAGCCGUGCUCGCAAGCCUUGCGGGCGAAUUCGAGGCGAACAAGAAAGCGAUUCAAGAAGCGGCUUCGGCAGCGAAGGUUGACCUGAUAGCGGCAGGCUUGGCUGCCAUGCGAGCUCGCAAGAUGAGGGUGGAGUCGCGGUCAGGGCCGUCAGUGGACUUCCACGAGUUUCUCGUUUGGGCCCGGCGCUUGGAAGUGCAGGAGUUGUCACCGAUCCGAGAUGGUUUCCACCGAGUUGACAAAGACGCCGACGGCAUGGUGUCUGCAGGAGAAUUCCUCGACAUGAUCCCGUCAGAGCUGUCCGUGGUUUUCAGCUCGAAGCUUUCACAGAUCCUGUUGGAAGGUGGCGUGGCACCAGGGCAGUUGCUGAGCUUCGAUGAUGCCGUCCGGGUUCUGCGGAACAUACGUAGCACGGGCAAUCAGACCAAGCAGGAGAUCAAAGAGUUCGAGGAGGUUUUCAAGCUGUUCGACAGCGAUAAUUCCGGCAAGAUGGAUGUCACGGAGAUGGUGGAUGUGUUGAUGUACCUGGGCUACAACAGCACUCUCGAGACAACACAGGAGAUGAUGCGACGCAGUGAUGUGGAUGGCAACGACGAGCUGGAUUGUGAGGAGUUUUUGGCUUGCAUGCGCCAGCACGAGAUCAUGCAGUCUCGAGCACUCAAGUCCGCUUUCGGCCAAGCAAGCGAUGCUGGCACUUGCAACCACCUCGAAUUGGCAACUGUUUUGCUGGCGCUGGAGCUUUUCCCCGGCCAAGCCAAGCUCAACCAGAUGCUGAAAGAAGGAGGGAUGGAACAUCUGGAGGAGUUCAACUUCCGCCAAGUGUGCGAGCUUGCCAAGAAUUGCCGCCAAGCCGUGGCCAAGGUCAACCGGCAGCGUGCGUGCUUCCCCCGGAAGCACGUGCAAACCCUUGAGCGGCUUUUCAAGGAGUAUGCACCUUCUGGAACCAUGGACAGGGGAGGGCUGAUUUGUUGCCUGUCGAUUCUGGACCUGCCGAUGAACACGAUGCAGGAGCGGGAGGGUGUCUUGUCGCAGCUGGAUGCUGCCAGGUAUGCUGCGCAAGCCUUUGGCGUUGAGGAGGUCAGCUUCUCAGAUACCCACAUGCUCACCUUCUACAAACUGCUGCACCUGCUGCGGUUGGUUUGUGUCCGCCACCGGCGGGCAGUGAUGGAAAGAGAGUUGGCAGCCCUGAAUUCGACAGGCAUCGCCCAAACAGAGGUGGUGGAGUUUCGGGAGGUCUUCCACAAGCUGGCAAUGGAGAAGGCAUGCAGCACCGACGGUGGCGGAGCAUCCGUGCAAAAGGUCGCAAGCAGCCGGAGGCGCUCCCAACCCGCGCCUCCCGCGCCUCCGACGUGGGAGGUCGUGGAGUCCGUUUCUGCGUCCGGCAACAACUUUCGCUACGAGGCAAAUUAUGCCAUCGCUGAGCUCAAGGCGUUCUUGUGCGUAGGCGGCAAAGGGCCGCAAAUCUUCGUGCAGGAUGUGAUGGACUUGCUCCUAGACUUGGGCGUCCCGUUGACGAGCAAGCAACAGAUAGAGCUGCGAUACAAGGCGACCGUUUUCGCAGCCCACCAUAACGAC